AGAAAGCCGCCUAUCUGGCAACACGGCCACAUGGCAACCGUUGCCAGGAAGUGACGUCAGCUAAAUCAGGGGGGGGAAGCCAUUAGCCAGCUCUUGCCUUGUUUUUGAAUCGAUAACGCGGUGCCCAGUGUCACCCGGGCGGUCAUGUUUAACCCCAGUGAUUUGGAGGGUGACGUUGACCACUCCUUUUUUGACAGCGACCGCGACGAAGAAAGAGAUGGAGUCAGACAGGUUGUUAGAAGCGAGGAAAACGUGGAGGGAGAGUUGCCUGCUCGGCCGCCCAGCGGCGCGUUUAUGGCAUUUCUGGGUAGCGAGGACGUAGAAGGCAGUGGCAGCAGCACUGACGACUCUCGAGAGGCACGUCUACCUCGUGCGACGUCAUCGGACGAAACCAGCGAGCUGUCUUCUGCGAAAGGGAGACGAGUCAAACGCUCGAAAGGUUCCUCUUCCACCUCAAGCCAUUACAGCUCGGUGGGAGGCUCGAGGAGGAGAGGUCGGGGGCCGUCAGACGUCGACCGCAGCAAGUCGUCGGAUUUGGGGCUGUCUUUUGCAGAAGAGUCGGACUACACCCUGGGAGACGGGGCGAGUCCUACCUCUUCAUCUUACCUCAGGUCUGUGGAGGCUGACGAAAGCAGCGCCAAGGGACGUACGCAGAGGGAAAGUGCGCCGCUUAGUGGUCACAGUGGCUUCCUUCAUCCAGAUGGGACCCAUGCGGAUGAAUACUCUCAGACAGAGUCCUUUGUUCCUGAGAGUAUUCUAGAGGACAAUGUAUGUUUUCACUGGCGAGGACGACCAAACAGGAAGAACUACACUUUCAACAACAAUGAAGUUCGACGCAUCGAUCACGAGAAUCAGCGACUCCUUCGGGUGCUGUCACGGAUUUCUCUAGCGCCCGGGGCCUCCGUGGGUCAGUACAGCAGAAUUGCAAAGGCGGGUCCCCCUCACAUCCCUCACAGUGCUGUAAAUAGGCUACGGGAGCAGAAACGCAUCGAUAAGGACAACCAAGCUCUCCUAAAGCGGCUGGAGUAUGUCAAGUCUACACCUUUGCUCAAACGUUCAAACCAGCUGGCCGACUACCAGCGCCAAGCCAGAUAUCAGGCUACUCCGUGCCCUGUGUGUGACAACUCCAACCUGGCUGCAUCCAGUGUGGGCAUGAGCUCCAUGCGGGCCAGUACCUCCCAGCUAGGAACACGGGCAACCUCAGUCAGCUCCAAUGCUACCCGGUCCAAAACAAAUCUCUCAGCACGCCCGCCUUUUUGUUUUUAGUCACCUUUUGUUCAGGAUGUGUCUUUACUUUUAACUUAAUAAAUGUUUGUUUUGCCAAAGGAUUUUUUACAUACUUUUUAAACUGAAUAUUUUGGGUCAUGUAGGUCCUUUACAUCUGAACAAGAUGUUUUUGUAAUAUAUGUAGUGCUUUUUAUCCUAAAACAUUUUAAUGCAAAAAUACAUACAUUUGCACUUAAAAAGGGCACCAGCAAUUUAGUAUACUUGAAAUGUGGUAUUCCUAUGUUAAAGGGGACCUAUUAUGCUAUUCCUUUUUUUCUGACCUAUAAAUAUUCCGAUGUUGUAUACUUGUGUUAAACAAUGCCAAUGUGUCAGAUGAGAUUUCAGUUUUUGUUACCCUCUAGAUCUUGCAGAAUCUACACCUAUUCCAGCAGUAGUUUUCUUGGAUUUGUACUUCCUGCCAAAUGGUCCAUUUUGAUUUAUUCCACCUGCGGGCAUGCCCUCUUCACUGUGAUUGGUCACACGCCCAAAGUAGUUCCAAACUACACACCUUAUCAGAGGCACCAUUGGCACCAUUAACAAUCUUGGCACAGCAUCAAUUUUACAUGUUUUUUGCAGGACUACCAGACAUGGUGGGCACUGUGGUUCUUUCCACAUCUGUGGAUGAACAGUGUCUUACAUUAGCACACCUUUCUCUGUGAGAAAUUAAAUAAGUUGUAAUAUAGAUUUACUGUUUUUUUCAUGCAAAAAGGGCAUUUAACUGGUCAUGAGGACAUGGGGGGACAUUGCACCUGUUUUUACAUUUCUAUUUAAAGUAAUGGUAAUACAUUUUAUGGUUUAGGAUUCUGAAAAAUCAAGGGAUUACUUUUAGAAUUUAAGAGGAUCUCAUUUUAGAAAUAUUUAUUCCACAAAGCCCACCUGAUUUUUUUUGUUUUCAUGGCAUAACAAGAGCGUGAGAAACAGAAUAAACCUUUAUUCCUAUA